AUGGGGCGCACACGAUCGAAAAGCAGGACGGAGACCGCUGCUACUGCCGUCGCAUUCCACGACAUUGACUUUGCUCAUUUGUGGCGGCAGAUGGCAGCGGUAGGGUGGACGUACAAGAGACCAAGAGGUAUUGAGCAGGAGUGGACGUACAUGAACCCCAAUGACUCGGCAGUUCUUGUAGGAGAAAGCGCAGUGAUGGAGUAUGUGAUCAAGUCCGGGCUGCUGGAUGGCGAUGACGGCAAUGAGGGCAACGAUGAAGACGAGGGCAAAGAGGACAACGACGGUGACAAGAGCAAGGACGACAACGAAGGCGAUGACGGCAACAAGGGCAAUGAGGGCGACAAGGUCAAUAAGAGCGACAAGGUCAAUAAGAGCGACAAGGGCAACGAACGAGUCGACGAAAUUCGAGCUUCUCAAAUUGACACUACUGCUGAGCUUUCACAGAAUACGCUGAACGAUUUUUUCGGAUCGUCCAGUGAUUCAGACGUCGAACUGUCCCAGGCAGCGGCAUCUGGAAUGGAGAGCGACUCCCAACUGUACCCGAUGCCAGUCACAGCACCGGACCAGGCACACAGAGCGCGCAGUAAUAUCAAGACUGACGUAAAUUACAUACCGGAGAACGAGAACAUGAACGCGUAUGAGAGCUAUAGCUCAGGCUCGAGUGAUGACAACGUCAAUGAAGAUAACGAUGACAGCGACGACCUCAAAAGAGGCUAUAGAGAUGAACAAGACGAUGUCGUGUCGGAAGACGACGCUGUCGAGAUGGAUCAAGCAUUCGUUGACUCACUUCUGCUCGGAGAUGACGCCUCGAGCCCUCAAGCGGUACAGCAACGUGAGAAUGCAUUGCGCGCGACGGAGUGGGGACCUCUGGCGGUUGGGUUUGAGACGGAUGCGCAAGCAUGCCCUGGGUUCAAGAUUGAGGACGCGCGCCCAGUGUCUGCUUUACGUACCGUGGCUCACUCCCAUCUACUUACUCUGUUCUAUUUCGUGCCAAAGUCUCUAUGGAUAUCAAUUGAUCCGCAGCAGGCUGAAGUCGAAACGGGGAGGCGCUUUGCAAGUCACUGGUCGAUGGUUGAGGAUGGUGCUGUACCCGCUGGAAACUUCGGUCGAUAUAUGAGCCGAAAUAGAUGCCAAGAUAUACUACGGGACCUACACUUUGUCAAUAACGAUGCGGAUCGUUCGCGGGACAAACUGUGGAAGCUGCGUUUAAUUAUCGAUAAACUGCAGCAGAAAUUUCUUACCGGGUGGACCCUCCCCUCCGUAUUCUCCUUUGAUGAAGGCGUGCUUCCAGCAACCUCCAAGGGAAGCCCAACACGGAUGUUCAUGCCCGAUAAGCCGCAUAGAUAUGGCUCAAAACAGUUUAUGACGUGCGACUCCAGGAGCGCAUACUGCCACAGGUUUGAAAUGUAUGCAGGCAAGAGGAGAGACACUGAAGCUGAAACGGUAUUUGACCACAAGACUGGCGCAGCCGCUGUCGUCAGAAACUUGAUGACUGUGUUAGGCUCAAGUACAAGGCAGCCAUGGCACGUAGUUGUCAUUGAUCGGUAUUACUCAUCCAUUUUGCUAGCUAUCGAGCUUCUUAGCAUGCACGUGCACGGCAUCGGGACCAUUAUGACCAACCGACUUGGGUAUGACCAGCGUGUCAAGGAGAAACGGCAAACACGCCCAAGACGUAUACCUCGCGGCAGAUUUACCUACUCGCGCUCUGUUGCUAUUCCGAGCAUGGUGUCCUUCCAUCGGUGGGAUAGGAAGCCCGUGCAUUACUUGUGCACGGAAGUUGCAAUGACCGAGUCGAGUAUUGACCGCAAUAUCAAGCAGAUGGGCGGAGUUGAUGUCCAUGAUCAACUCCGCCUCCAGAAGUACUCACUACAAACGUCUACAAAGUUCAAGAAAUACAACAUGAGCUUAUUUUUGGGCCUUCUCGAUCUCGCGCUAGUGAACGCCUACAUUUCGCACAAGGAGUCAGAGAGGAUUAGCGGGACGGUGGCGAUGAAACGAGGAGAAUGGUAUAAUGGCCUUCACAACCAGCUUCUGCAACUCAAGGCAGAAGAUUUCUUGGGCGUAGAGGUAACUCCCCCGCCAAGCCAGAUACAUAAGCGAAUGCCGCUGCGCAUGACCCACGCGCUUGAACAGUGUGAUGACUGGGUGACAGUGAGCGGCACACAAAAGCGGCGGCAAAGAUCUUGCAAGCUAUGCGCGCUCUUGCGCACCAAUACCAAGAAAAAGUCGUUCGCGACGACCUUCUUCUGCGAACGCUGCUCAAUCGAUGGCUCUACAAUAAGAUUCGACGACACUACAAGGGCGUCAAGAAGACCUGCUUUGAAAUGUGGCACGACGAUUUCGAAGCCGGCCAGGAAUACCUAG